GGUAGGGAGCGCGGAACCAUUUGGCACACAGCCUCUGAUUCUAUCCGGGUCCGGGUUCGGUUGAACCCAAAAAAAAAUCCAUGACAGCUCGCGUGCGGAAGAUGAUGUCGGUAAAUAAAACUAAGAAGCCGCACAGGAGCAGAGAGAUGAGGGGAAAUGCUGCACACAGAGGCGUUAGUGAUUUAUUCCCUCUCAGGCGCGCAGGGUUCCGCCGCAGCAACAUGGCGACGCUGUAAACUUUACAUUUCUGCUCGCGCUGUCGGUUUAUCACACGGACUUUAAUCCGAGCUCCAGCUCCCGGUGUGUUUUUUUCUUUCUUUCUUUUUUUAUUUAUUUUUUUAAAGAAAGAUUUAGAAACAAAAGUUGAUUUUGUGCGGAGAGCGGCGGCGGCAGGUGAUGAGCCGGUCCCGGGGCUGUGCGCUGGAGCCGCCGCGCCUGCUAAACUCCGAACACUGAAGUUUUUUGUGCUGUUUAUUCUUCAGGUUUGGUCCAAAGAGCGCUCUUUGUUCUGAGGUUAACAUCAGCUCCAGUCUCGACUCCACACUGUUUACCGUCUGAGUCUCUGAUUUACUCUCAUCCCCAGACGAGGACCGGACCCUCAGUGCCACUCGCCGGUUGUUCUGUGAUGUCACGGCGUUGAACCGAGGCGACGGCGUGUUUCGGUUUCUCCAUCGCGGCGUGAGGAACUCUUCGCUCUGGGGUUGUGAUGCUCGGCGCACGCUCCGUCAGUCCUUUAUGAGUCCACGUUCAUGGUCCGGGCCCAUGAUGCCGCAGUGCUGUGGCUCCUGACUCUUGAGGGCUGAUGAGUGUUUGUGAGCGAUGGAGCGCUGCAAGCACGUGGUCCGUCUCCGUUUGGGACAAGACCACUCCAUCCUGAACCCUCAGAAAUGGCGCUGCGUGGACUGCAACACCACCGAGUCCAUGUGGGCGUGUCUCAAAUGCUCGCACGUGGCUUGCGGCCGCUACAUCGACGAGCACUCGCUGCGGCACUACCGCGAGACGCAGCACCCGCUCGCCAUGGAGGUGCGAGAGCUGGACGUGUUCUGCUUCGCGUGCGGCGAUUACGUCCUGAACGACAACGCCGAGGGCGACCUGAAGCUCCUGCGGGGGGCGCUGUCCACUGUCCGGGACGCCGGGCGCCGCUCCAUGCGUUCUGCGUCGUCGUCGCUGUCGUCGCACUUGGUGAGCGGCGAGGGGGCGGGGCUUGUGCAGGUGGCGCUGAGGCACCGGCGGCGUGUGCUGCUAACGACUGCUUUCCGGCGCUGGAGGACGCGGCAACGAGAGGAGCAGAAAAAACUGGAACAGGAGAAGGAGGAGAUUCGGCGGCAGCGUAAGGAAAUGAAGAAGAGGAUCAUGGGAGACGACGGUAACGCACCGCCGAGGAAAAGCGCACGCCUCCUGACGCAGGCGCCGCGGCCACUCAUCGCGCUGAUUCCGAGAAAAUUCCGUGACCCGCCCGAAAAAGCGCCGCUUCUCGGCAAGACUUUGUCGAAGAAUCCCAGAAAGGCGCUCCGUACCGUGAAGUCGGGCGUGGCGGAAAAGCGGGCCACGUCGUCUUUCCUGUUAGCGCGGCGCAGACGGUUAGCGCCGGGCGUCACGGGACUGCGUAACCUAGGCAACACGUGCUACAUGAACUCAAUCCUACAGGUGCUGAGCCACUUGCGUAAGUUCAGGGAGUGUUUCCUCGCGCUGGAUCUGUGUGAGACGGAGCAGCUGCUGCUCGCCAAAACGCAAGGCAUGAUGGGAGGAGAGAAACUGGUGCAGCCCAAAGACCCUCGCGCUUCAUCUUUAUCCGGCCAGCAGGUGUCUCUGUGCCAGGAGCUGCACACUCUGUUCAGGGUGAUGUGGUCGGGCCGCUGGACGCUCGUGUCUCCGUUCGCCAUGCUGCACUCCGUGUGGAACGUCAUCCCGGCGUUCCGCGGCUGCGACCAGCAGGAUGCGCAGGAGUUCCUGUGCGAGCUGCUGGAUAAGGUGCAGCAGGAGCUCGAGGCCGACGGCGGCUACGGCGCGAAGCGGCAGCACACGCGCACGCGCAUCGUCAUCCCCAUCACGCAGAGGAAACUCUCCAAACAGGUGCUCAAGGUCCUCAACACCAUCUUCCACGGCCAGCUGCUCAGCCAGGUGACGUGUCUGUCGUGUAAGCGUAAGUCGAACACGGUGGAGCCGUUCUGGGAUUUGUCUCUGGAGUUUCCCGAGCGUUAUCACAGCGUGGCCAAGCUGAGCCAGGCGUCCUCUCAGAGCUGCUCUCUCACCGAGAUGCUGAGCAAGUUCACCGAGACCGAGGCUCUGGAGGGACGCAUCUACAACUGUAACUACUGCAACAGAAAAAGACGCAAGUCGUCCCACAAGCCGCUGGCUCUGUCCGAGGCCUGUAAACAGCUGCUGAUUUAUCGUUUACCUCAGGUGCUGCGGCUUCACCUUAAACGCUUCCGCUGGUCGGGCCGGAACCACAGGGAGAAGAUCGGCGUUCACGUGGCGUUUGAUCAGGUUCUGAACAUGGAGCCAUACUGCUGUUCUGACGCAUCGCAGGUCUUCACCUACGACCUCUCUGCCGUAGUGAUGCAUCAUGGGAAAGGCUUCGGCUCAGGACACUACACCGCCUACUGCUACAACACGGAGGGGGGUUUCUGGGUCCACUGUAACGACUCGGAGAUGAACGUGUGUAGCGUGGAGGAGGUCUGCAGCACUCAGGCGUACAUCCUGUUCUACACACAACGAUCAUCUUAAAGAGACAUAAACACACAGCUGUGUGUAGUACUGACUGAACAACCCUACCUGUGUGUGUGUGUGUGUGUGUGCGCGCGUGUGUGUGUGUUUAGAACAGGCCUUACUACCCUGUGUGUGUGUGUGUGUGUGUGUGUGUGUGCGUGCGUGCGUGCAAGUGUUUGAGUGUGUGAGAGAGAGUGUCUGUGUGUAAGAGAGUGUGUGUGUGAAGGUGUGUGAGAGAGAGAGAGUGCGUGUGCGUGUGCGUGUGCGUGCGUGCGUGCGUGCGCGCGUGUGAGAGACAUGCGUGUUCUAGCCAGCACGCGUGUGUAGGUCAGGUCUGAUUAGCCGUCACGUGGCUCAGCUCUAUUUUUCCACUGAGGUAUUUUACAAUAAAGACGAGGUUCAGCACUCAUGGCACUUUUCCACCGAUGCGGAGCCGGAUCUAGAACCGUUCCACGCUUUUUCACUGCAGAACAGCUGGUUCUGAGUAUUUACAGGGUGCCGCGCUGCAACUUUUCAUUCUUUUAUAAUAAUUUACAAAUGGACCUGGACUAUAUCCUGGGUGUUACUUGUGAUACUAGUGAUGUCAUACACUCCCAGCAUGCAUCUGAGUGAGGCAGGAGUGUGACUUAGCUGUGAGUAACGAUCGAAAACACCAGCAAAAAAAAAAAAGGCCUAAAAGCCAUCGCGGCGCUGUUGAGUGUUCUUACACGCAGAGUUUACGUAUACAGUAUAAAUGUUCUAACAGUCGCUUCAGACGGCUGAGUUUAGUUUAUUUGUAUGGCCCUUUGUUGCCAUGGCGACAGCAGGUUCGAGCAGCUCCAGGGCUUAUAUCUCUACACACGCUGAAGAACGCGGUGCGUUUGGGACACGCCCACAUCUGCUGAUGUAAUGGUUCGGCUCCACGUCUGUUGAAAAGCUGCAGCAGUUCUGACCUCAAGCUCCUUUUAGAUCUCAGAGAUUUUCUACACACUAAAACUGCUCACACACACUCACACACACACUCACACACACACACACCGAGUGUGUACUCAUCCAGGGCAUUCAGGACCAGCGUCCUCACACUGGAGCUUCAGGAACACAUCAACACGCCCACACUGCCGGAGGGAGGAGCUCAGCGUGCUGCGGUCAGAGCGAAUGGAGGGACAGAGGAGCGCAGAAGGAGAGACGGAGAGAGGGAGGAGUGCAGAGGAGUGCAGACGGAGCGAGGGAGGAGUGCAGAGGAGUGCAGACGGAGCGAGGGAGGAGUGCAGAGGAGUGCAGACGGAGCGAGGGAGGAGUGCAGAGGAGUGCAGACGGAGCGAGGGAGGAGUGCAGACGGCGGGAUGCUCGAACUCGCCCAGCGCUGUGCAGGUUUACUGCAGGACUGAGACGACUGUCUGGAAGAUUCCAUCAUCAAACUUCUCACACACUCCAAUCAGGAAUUGCUCAGCUUUGUAAUACGGUUCUUCUUUUCUACUGUGGUUUCUAAAGUGCAUAGUGAACUGUGUGUGCGGGGGGGCGGGGCAUAUGAGGGGAGGGGCACUGCACCUAAGACUCUUGGGGGGGGGCAGUUGGGGCAAUUGGGGCAAUUGGGGUGAGGGGGAUCACUUACUUUAGUCAAGUACUGACCAGAACAAUCUGAUGACCAUGAAUGUCUUUCUUGUGUCUGUGUGUGUGAGUGUGAGAGAGAGAGAGACUGAGAGACUGCAGGGGUUUUACAGUGACCUCUGACCUCAUGACCUUUUGUUCUGUAUUGUGGAGCACCAGUUAUCAACUUUAUUGAUCUGGGUUUGGCCUGAUAGCGAUUAAAGUUAUUACAACACAA